CUUACUCUCCUCUUUAUCAGUCAAGGUCUGUCUUCUGGUGCUUUCUGGUUAUCAUAGAAAGUGUAUUCAUCCUCUUCAAUUAUUUGAGCCACACUGUUUUCGACCAAAAGUGGGCUACUCUCACACUCUCUCCAUAGUCCAUAUAGCGAGCCCAACAAAGCAGCAAUCAAAGCCCAAGAUUGGACUACAGAAGGACAAACUCAGCACGAACAGUCAGACCUCAGUGCUAAAGAGAUCAAAGACAUGGCACCAGAGGUGGUUCUCCAACUGGCUUUCCUCAUACUAACCCUAUCCAUAUUCUUCGUCAUGAUCAAACUUCCCAAACAAGCCCUAACCAAGCUCCGAGCCAAGAACCGAGCCAACCUCCAAUCCAGUCGCCAUUUCGUCCAAGGAUCUCAUCUCCUGGUUCGAGCCCGAUCGAUUCCAAACCGACAACAGUCCCUAAUUCACGCCAAGAACGCAUUGAUCGAAGCAGAGAAAGCACUCUCUCUCUCCCCCAAAGACCCAGCCCCUCACAUCCUCAAAGCCCUAGCUUUGGAUCUCAUGGAUCGGAAAAACUCCGCUCUCAGAUCCCUCGACCUGGCUCUGUCUAUUCCGUGCGUGAAGUCACUCUCGGAGAAAGAGCGUGGCGAUGCGCUGGUCAAGAGGGCCGAGUUGAAGAUGGCUGUGAAUCGGAAGCGGAGGAUUGACUCGGCCAUGGAGGAUCUGGUUGAGUCGGUGAGGUUGCUGAGCGAUGGUGGAAGUGGAACCGAGUCGAAGGGGUUGUGUUUGUUGGGUCAGUGUUACGAAUGGAAAGGGAUGAGAGAGAUGGCUCGGGAGGCUUUUGAGAAGGCAUUGAGGCUCGAGCCCGAAUCGAUUGCGGCUCGAGAGGGCUUGGACCGCUUAGCCUCAUAGCUCUUCGACGUUUGGACCCUUUUGUCCAAUUGUUCAGGCUUUAAUAUAAAAAUGUCAAAAAAUGUCAUCUUCAGC